UGUGAAAUAUUUACUGUAUCCUGUAUAUUUAUAAUAACUAACAGACUUCUAUAUACUCUUUAUUACGACUGUGAAAUAUUUACUGUAUCCUGUAUAUUUAUAAUAACUAACAGAGUUCUAUAUACUCUUUAUUACAACUGUAAAAUAUUUACUGUAUCCUGUAUAUUUAUAAUAACUAACAGAGAUCUAUAUACUCUUUAUUACAACUGUAAAAUAUUUACUGUAUCCUGUAUAUUUAUAAUAACUAACAGAGUUCUAUAUACUCUUUAUUACAACUGUAAAAUAUUUACUGUAUCCUGUAUAUUUAUAAUAACUAACACAGUUCUAUAUACUCUUUAUUACGACUGUGAAAUAUUUACUGUAUCCUGUAUAUUUAUAAUAACUAACACAGUUCUAUAUACUCUUCAUUACGACUGUGAAAUAUUUACUGUAUCCUGUAUAUUUAUAAUAACUAACACAGUUUUAUAUACUCUUUAUUACGACUGUAAAAUAUUUACUGUAUCCUGUAUAUUUAUAAUAACUAACACAGUUCUAUAUACUCUUUAU